AUGUCGACGCCGAUAAAUAAAAGACCUAGAAUAACAAUCGAGUCGCCGACUCACAUGAUCAAGGUCGAACCUGAUCCGCCGACGAUCGCGAAGGGGUACUUCAUCGGUAUCGAUGUUGGCACUUCUUCGGCGAGGUCAUGUAUUGUUGAUGAAGCUGGCGAGUUGAUCUCGGAAAAGUCGGCACCGAUCAAGAUAUGGCAUUCACAACGCGACAAUGUCGAUUACUACAAGCAAUCGACAGAGAAUAUCUGGCAGGUUCGUUGCGCGAAUGUUCGUUCUGUUAUCAGUGCUGCCAAGUGA